AUGGCCGAACAAGAAGAGGACUUCAGUUCUUUACCUCUACCCGAUAGAUUCCAGCACAAGAUUUGGAAAGUGCGCAAGGCAGCGUAUGAGGAUGCUGCGAAACAGUUCGAGGUCACUCCAGAUGAAUACGACCCGGCUUUCAAACCAUUCUUGCAAGAUCCCGGGCUGUGGAAAGCCGCAGCAGCAGAUUCAAAUGUAGCCGCGCAGCAGGAUGGUAUAGCUGCGCUUUGUGCGUUUCUUAAGUUUGGUGGGCGGGAGGGCUGCACUAGAACCAGAAGUCAUACGAUAACGCCUAUAAUCGAGAAAGGAUUGUCAUCAACCAGAGCGGCAACCAAAGCAUCUUCCCUAGAAGCCAUACUAUUAUACGUCGAGCUGGAUGCAGCCGCCCCUGUUAUUGAGGAAAUGCUUCCAGCUUUCUCACACAAGCAACCAAAAGUUAUCGCGGCGACAAUAGCAGCAGUAACCGCUAUAUUCCACAAUUACGGGUGCAAAACUGUUGACCCGAAGCCAGUACUAAAACUUCUGCCAAAGGCAUUUGGACAUGCGGAUAAGAACGUGCGCGCGGAAGCAACAAGUCUCGCUGUUGAACUUUACAGAUGGCUGAGAGAAGCGAUGAAGCCUAUGUUUUGGGGAGACCUCAAGCCCACUCAGCAGACAGAUAUGGAAGUCCAAUUCGAAAAGGUCAAGGCAGAGCCCAUGCCAAAGCAGGAACGCUUCCUGAGAUCUCAGCAAGCUGCGAUGUCGCGUGCUCCUGCACCAGGUGCCGAGGCAGAAGAGGAAGACGAAAUGGAGGCAGAAGGAGUAGAGGUCGAUGUUUUCGAUUUAGCCGAGCCCCAGGAUGUUGUGUCGAAGGUUGCCGCAGAUUUCCACGAGCAGCUAGCUUCGACAAAGUGGAAAGAGAGGAAGGAAGCAUUGGAGGGUCUUUUCGCAGUACUAAACGUUCCGAGGAUAAAGGAUGGAGAUUUUAACGAGAUCGUCCGAGGGUUGGCGAAGUGUAUGAAGGAUGCAAAUAUUGCUGUCGUCACGCAAGCAGCACAGUGUAUAGAGGUGCUCGCUAAAGGUUUACGCAAGCCAUUCGCGAAGCAUCGCUCCGUGGUUAUGGGACCGAUUAUGGAAAGGCUCAAGGAGAAGAAGGUGUCCGUUUCUGACGCGUUAGGACUGGCAUUGGAUCAAGUUUUUCUUGCGACAAGUCUCACUGAGUGCCUGGAGGAUAUUCUGGAAUUUCUGAAACACAAAAAUCCCGCAGUGAAAGAAGGUACAAUGAAAUUCUUGAUUAGAUGCUUAAAAACCACUCGGGAAGCACCAAUCAAGACUGAAGUAGCUUCCAUUUCAGAAGCCGCGAAAAAGUUACUGUCGGAAUCACAAGAAGUUCUACGAUCUGGUGGAGCCGAACUUCUCGGCACAGUCAUGAAGAUAAUGGGCGAACGGGCAAUGGGUCCAUAUUUAGAAGGACUGGAUGAAAUCAGGAAGACCAAGAUCAAGGAAUUCUUCGAUAUUGCAGAAGUCAAGGCAAAGGACAAGCCAAAACCAAAACCAGCACCUGUAGCGGCACCCAAGGCAGCACCAGCGGCAGCAACACGCAAGGUUGUCAAGAAGACUACUGUGAAGAAGCCUGCUCCAGCUCCCAGCAUCUACGCCCAGGAAGCGCCUUUAGCACCGCAACCAACUGCGAGAAGUGCCCCAGGCUCGAAGCUUGGAUCAAAACCCGGAGGAUUGAAGGCUCCUUUGAAGCGUGUCCUUCCUGGACCUGGUGGAGCGGCUUCUACUGCUUCACCCGCUCGACGCCCAGUAGCUCGACCCGAAACACCUGAAGAGGAAGAAGCACCUCCUCCACCUCGCCUUGGUGCUGGACGUGGUCUUGCUGGUCGCUCGUUGGCAAAGGCCCCUGCUAUGGGGGCACCUCAAUCUGCCCCUAUGUCGCCUCCACCUAGUAACUCCGGUAUGACUGCCGUCGAGAGAGCUGAGCUCGAGGAACUGAGAAUGGACAAGGAUCGUCUGCUUCGACAAGCUGAUGAUCACCGACAAGAACGAUCGCGGCUGAAUUCUGAGAUUCAAGAAUUAAAAAAUCAGAAUGCACAACUGAUUGAAGAUCAUACCAGGGACGUCCUCUCCAUCAAAGCAAAAGAAACUCAGCUUGUACGCGCUCGGUCAGAUUGCGAAGCUGCUGAAGCUAUGUGUGGACAAUUGCGUAGAGAAAUGGAGCGACUCAAGCGUGCACUCACCAGCGCAGAACGAGUGAAUGGUCCAAGUGCUGGCUUACCAAGUCCAGGACGUGAACACAAUGGAGAUGAAGCAGGCAUUUAUCGUGAUACUGGCAUGUAUGGUGGAGGACAAGAAAGACCCGGGUAUGGUAACGCGAGGGCGCGAAUGUCAUACACCUCAACUCUCAGCGAAGAAAAGGAGAAUAGUGGCGAUGGACUGGCCGGUCAAUAUGGAAGAGCCAAAUUAAGUCCCGAAUUGAGAAAUGGCCGAAACAGUGCGGCCAGUGGGAGCGGUGGAAGAAAUAGUCCGGCUCCUCAAUCAUAUAGUUCUCGGCCCAUAGGUCGAGAUCCAAGCACUGAUAGUGCGAGGGAUGGUGGUGGUCAAGGAGUUGAGAGCUGGAAACGCGCUGCGGAGGUAACGAGCGCUCUGAAGGCGAAAAUUGAGCAGAUGAAGGCACGACAAGGUCUGUCUCGGCCUUGA